CUUUUCUUAAAUUCGUUUUUGAAGCGUCAAUAUGGCGUCAUCAUUUACAAGAGCUGAACGAUCAGGGAAUAUAUUCUACCGAGUGACAGGACUGAUCAGAUCUGGUCAACUACCUUGGGCAGAAAGGCCUUUAUGGUAUGAUGUCUACGUCGCACAUCAACCUUUGGAACCCCAUGAUUGGAAUGUAAAACAUGCCAGACACGAUGAGCCGGUGCGGAAAAUAUUCUACAACGAAGACUUAGUUAGAGCACAAUUCUAUAAAAAAUACCGAGGAGGUGUUAUAAAUCUGGAAAACCCAAGGGAAAGCUUAUCGCAGCAAUUUAUCAAGGAGUUCGAGACAAUUCAAACCGAAAAUAAAGAUAAGAAUCUAUCACAAGAAGAGCUUUUUCGAAAAACAGAAGAACGAAUGAAAGAAGCUGGUAUACAGUUGAGAUGAUAAUGUAUUUGUACAAAGUAGACGU